UGGCGCCAAGAUAAAGGUGUAUCCUCAUUUCUCGUUGUAAACGAGAUGAUACGAGGAAACAACGCACAGCAUGAAAAUAGCGACGGUGGGAAGUCGCCAACGAAGCGUUCUCACUCGGGCAAGUUUCUGAAACAAGUAAACGAAGUAGCUAACGCAGCUAUCGCGCCUAUAAAAUCUGCUUUCGAGUUCCUGACAAAUACGGCAGUUAGUGGUCUUAUUUGUGAUGACCAAUUGGCAAGAGAAUGGCAACAAAGGAACCAACAAAGCAGUGCUAGUCAAGUUCGUCACUCGGAUGACGGAUUGCAAAGACGAAAGUCGGUUCCUUUAAACAGUUCAUCGAACAAAGUAAUAACACAGACUCUUGGAAGAAAAAGUACAGGUGCCAUUCAUAAAGAUAGACAAUUGGACAGUCUACUUUCCCCUCAUGCAACAAGUCCAAAAACCACCUUACUGUCGACGUCAAACUUAGAAGAGACGGAUGAAGAAGAUGACAAUAUAUCAUAUUAUACCUGCGCUGAUACUCCAGGUAUUGAUAGCAAGACUGAGGCGCGUACCAGCUUUGCCACAGACUUGGAUAUUUUUGAAGAAAUUUCUGAAGUUCCAAUAGAACCAAGUGUCCAGUUAUCUAGUGAACAAGACACAAAAACUAAUGCUCAAAGGGAAACGACAUCUGAAGGGGAAUAUAAAAAAAGCUCGAAAAAGAGCACAUCGACUGAAUCGAUAGGCACUGAGAAAAGGCGCUUUCAUCGUUAUGCUUCCUUCUCAGCAGCUCAUGACGACUUUCGUAGAGGUAGUGGUGAUCAUGAGGCACUGGCAGAGGCAGCGAGUGAGCCGGGUUUUGAAAUGGCAUCAGCUUCGACUCUAAGAAAACAAGCGUUGCGAAAUAAUGAGCCUAACUACUCUGAACUUUCACAUGUUGCUUCUGAAGAGCAUCUUUCUUCUGUUUCCGUAGCAAAUCAGUCAGCUGAUACUUCUUCGUCAUUGCCAAUGCUGUCAGGACAUUCUCAGGAAAGGCGUCUUGCUUCUUAUCCCAAUGAUGCAGAGCCAGUGACCCCCGAUGGAUAUCGAGUCAAAGAUGAGUUUCUGGAUGAGGUUGGGCCUCCACAGAAUAUGAGUUUCUUCAGAAUUGUUCGAGAAGUUUUCAAGGACGUUAGGAAAGGAGGCGAUUUGACUUCUAUCAGUGUUCCUGCUUCCCUUCUAGAGCCAGUUUCAGCAUGUGAAAAAGUUACGAGAAUCAUGCAACGAGGAGAGUUGUUACAGGAAAUUAUCCAUUGCCAAGAACCUUUGGAGCGUUUCUUGCAAGUAGUGAGAUUUAUCUUAUCAGGUCUUCCCAAGGAAAAGUUUUCGAAAAAGCCCUACAAUCCCAUCUUAGGUGAAACUUUUCAAUGUGCAUUUGAGCAUCGCAAUGGUGGUGGACGUACAUUCCUUAUCUCCGAGCAAGUUUCGCAUCAUCCACCUAUUACUGCUGUGCAUCUCCGAAACGAUACUUUAGGUAUCCGAAUGACAUCUUACACUGAGCCUGAGGCCAAAUUCUGGGGAAAUUCUAUCGAAAUCAAGUUGAAAGGAAAGAUUCGGUUUUAUCUCGUCAACUUUGAUGAAGAGUAUGUCUCCAAUAGAACCUCGUUGAUUCUCAGUGGCAUAUUGGGUAUUGGGAAGUUUCGAGCAGAAUGGCGUGGUCCAUUACACAUAUACUGUGAAAAGACGGGUUAUGAAGCGAAAUUAGAGUUUAAGGGUACUGCGUUGAUGGGAUUUUUGGGAGAAGCAAAUGCGGUUGAUGGAAAGAUUGUGAGAAGACAGAAAGAAGGAACAAGUUCUGAGGUAUCUGAGCAGAAACUGUUUUCAGUAGAAGGUUCAUGGGACCAUCAAAUUAGAAUCAAAGAUGUUAUAAAGAAGGAAAAUCGCAUUUUGUUUGAUUAUGACGACAUUUCGAAGCAUUAUCGAAUGAAACUCUUAUUACCACCUCCUGAGGCAUUAGAAGAAACCAACUCGCUGUAUGUAUGGGAAGGAUGUACUCGAGCGAUUUUAGAAGGAAAUUCUCGACUUGCAGCUGAAGAAAAACAUAAAGUGGAAGAAGAACAGCGUAGGUUACGUCGAGAACGAAUGCAACGAAGAAUUGAGUGGGAACCAAAAUAUUUCCGACUCUCUUCUGAGGGCGAAGGUUAUGUAUUUCGUGAAGAAACUGCCGAAAAUUUGUUUCAUGAUGCACGUAAUAUGUGUGCAGCUCCCCCUUCGCCGAGGUGAUUGUCAAUGUAUUAGCUUCUAUGUAAGUAAUCAGUUUAUUUAUAAAAGUGUCAAAGGGACACUUGUGCUAUGCAGCAACAACGGCAUGCUAUCUAUCCUUUGACAAUAUCAGUAUGGCAUCAGAAGUGUUUUCCGU